AUGCGAAAAAUAAUGAACAAAGCGAAAGUUAUGAGCUGGUAUCAAUGGACUACUGUUGGUGGACGUGUUCUAACACGAAUAAUCUCGUUUAAAGGAACAGUUAUUCAAUGUGUAAAACAAUUACAGAGAAAGACACCCCAAUACUUAUGGGACGUCUUUGUCAAACGAAAACAAAGUGGUUAUUUUGAUCAUAUCAAGGAAAAUGCUGAUGAUACAACUGUUGUCUGCCAGGUGGACUAUACUGAAAGUUACACGCUUCAAGAUCAAGAUCAAAUACAGUCUGCUCACUGGUCGAAGAAACAAGUUUCAAUAUUCACGGCUUAUAUUUGGAUGGGUGGUAGUGGAUGGGAUGGUUAUUCGUUUGGAUUCGUAUCAAAUUUGAAAAAGCACGAUAAAUUUACUGUUAUCACUUAUUUAGAAAUUUUGAUCCAAGAAAUAAUUGCCCUCAUGCCCGAUGUUGAUCAAAUUAUCUUUUUUCGGAUGGUGCUGCCACUACUUUUCGUCAUCAUAUGGCAAGGUGUGGUGGAUUCAAUAAAUGGUACGUUGAAACGAUUUGUUUGGAUGGGUGUGAUGGCUGGUGCUCGUUGUUCAUCGGCGAAAGAAUUCGUUAAUAUUUGCAGGCGCAAGACAAAAACAAUUCUUGUCGCUCUUGUUCAACAAGCACAAUUCGAUACAACAGAAGCGUUACUCAAAACCUAUUUUCAAAAUAUCGUUGGUGUACCUAAUAUUCGAAAACAACAUCAUAUAAAUGUCCUGAAUAAAGAUGUUAUUGAAUGUGCUCUAUAUGCAACAUGUAAAGACAAAUAUGUAUUUAAGUUUUGA